AUGCCAAAAUAUUCCCAAUAUUUCAUAAUAGAAGUCAUAGCAAGGUUAUACUUUUCUGCAUUAAAUAAAAGAAACUUGAUAACACUGCCGUUGAACUUCCUCUUAAACUUCUCCUUCAUCUUUGUUUGGCUAGAAGUCUUUGCCUAUGCCAAGUACAUUCCAAAUGAUAUAAGACCCAAGAUUAAUUCCAAAAUCUCUUUCUACGCCGAUAUGUAUUUAUUCGGGGACCACUGGAAAGAAUUGGUCGUUCAAUUGAACAAUUACCAUCUCACUUUCGUCUCCUACUUUACCUCUUUUGCCUUUCUGCUCAUCGGCUUGAUCGUCAUUCCCUUGGCCAUCUGGUAUUACAUCUAUUACAUCAGAAAAUUAAAUUAUAACCCGUUCGAAUGGUACGACCAUUAUUUACAUUUCAAUAACAAAUCAAACAAAAAAUCAUUCAGAUCCAUAGCCGUCCCAUUCUUAAUCCCACUGUUCUGUUUCUUGGCUUUGAAUUUCGUUCACAUCUUUGCAUUCCAAUCCGAAUCAAACUACACUAAGUCAAAAGAUAUCUUGGCUUGGUUCUUUUAUGUUGUUUUCCAUAUCAUGAUGCCAAUCAUCGUGGCCAUUUAUCUUUAUGCAUUCCAUGCCCCAGGAACAGUCAUGUGCUUCAGUUUAUCCAUGGGGAUCCAAAACUUAUUAUCUGUCUUUACUCAUUUAUUAUUACCAAUGGCCCCACCUUGGUUCACCCAUUUAUACGGUAUCAACGAUGAAGCUCAUGUCAAUUAUACUCAACAAGGUUAUGCUGCAGGUUUGACAAGAGUCGAUACUCACAUGGGGACCCAUAUCAACACUAAGGGCUUCCAUAAAUCCCCCAUUGUGUUUGGUGCUGUGCCAUCGGUCCAUUCCGCCGUGGCUUUCCAAUGUGCCUUGUAUUUGGUAUUAAGAUCAACCACUCAAAAAAAUAGAUUCUUGUCUCAUACUCCUUUGAAUAGAGAGAAUUCCGAUACUUAUCCUUUAACCUUGGUAGAUAGUUCAACCAUCAUUCCAAAGAAAAAUAACGAAGAUUCAACCUCGACUACCUCUGUUUCUGAUGACACUUUGACUGAUCGCCAAUUGCAAUCACCUUUACAACCAAGCUCCCCUGAUUCCACCGCCCAAGAUGAUACUCUAACUCCUUUCAAUUUACCUUUAGACCACUCUUCAGAUUCAUACACUUCCUCAUUAGAAGAUGAUGAUUCUGAAGAUUUCGAUAUCGAUCUCGAAUUUCAACAAAAUUCAGCAAACAAUAUCCUCACUAAAACUGAUUCUCAAUUUGUAAGAUAUUAUACUCAAGAUCCACAAGUCUCUAAUAGAUGGUUUUUCAGAUUUUUCUCAAAAGGUUUGGUCCCAAGAAUCGUAGGUUGUAUGUUUGUCUGUACUCAAUGGUGGGCUACAAUGUACUUGGAUCAUCAUUAUAGAUUCGAUCUUUUUAUCGGUAUGCUAUACGCAUACAUAACUUAUUUAUUGAUGAACCAUUUCGUAUUACAACCAAAAGUAAUAAAACCUUUCAUGGAAGUAAGAUUAGGUAUUAAGGAAGAUGUAGACAACGAAGGUAAUACAAUGGGGAUGAGAACUUUUAAAGGAACGAAAUACGAAUGGUUCUUUGAUCCAUUAGCAUGA